UCGACACAGCAUCACUCCGCUCACAGAUCCACAUCUCGAAGAGCGUCUGCAAUCUUCACAGGUAUCUUCACAGACACAGAGAUGCUUCUCUCUGUCCUUCUUGUGCUGGGCAUCUGCCUGGUACCUGCUCACUCCAGAGCAACAGGAGACUUUCUUGGCAGUCCUUUCCUUCAACAAUGUUUUCAGGAGGCAAAGACAAUCGUGGAUGAUGCCUACAAAUACUCCAGAGAAGAGAGUCUGAGGCGAGUCCGCAGGGAGGUGGUGAGUCCUCAUGAUGCUCUUCGUCUCCUGAAGCAGCCUCGAGGUGACACACGCACAGCUGUGAGAUCUGCAGACUACAUGGAUCAAACACUUCGUCUGGUGCACAACAGGGUGCAUCACGUGCACAAACGCUCCCUCAAUGCAACAGAUUUGCUCACUGAAGAAGACCUGAGCGACCUUGUCCGUAUAACUGGAUGUGCAGCUCGAACCAGAUUUCCACAGUGCAGCACCACACAAAAUAUUAACAAGUAUCGCACAGCCACCAGCGUCUGCAAUAACCUAAAAACACCUCGCCUAGGAGCCUCCAACACCCCCUUCUCCCGCUGGCUGCCUGCCGAAUAUGACGACGGCAUCUCCCAACCAAAAGGCGGGGCAAACCGAUCACUCAACAACUUCUUGCUCCCACUGGUGCGUCAGGUGUCCAACAACAUCCUAAGCACAACAGAUGCAGGUGUGGUCAGCGACAGAGAGUUCAGUCACAUGGUGACCCUGUUUGGCCAGUGGAACGACCACGACCUCACCUUCACGCCCUUCUCCCCCAGCAUCCGCUCCUUCAGCAACGGUGUGAACUGUGAGGAGAGCUGUGAGAGAACUGAGCCAUGCAUCCCCAUCCCGAUCCCCCCUGGCGACCCUCGCCUGCCCUCCCGCCCUGACAGCUGCAUCCCUUCGUUCAGAUCCGCCCCCGCCUGCGGAACCGGAUUCUCAGCGUACAAUUUCGGUGGAGAACCCAACAAGAGAGAGCAGAUCAACGCCCUGACCGCCUUCCUGGACCUCGGUCAGGUGUAUGGCUCCGAGGAGAAGCUCGCCCUCGACCUUCGCGACCUCACUAACAAUAACGGCCUGCUGCGCGUGAACACAGAGUUCAGGGACAAUGGACGGGAGCUGCUGCCCUUCCAUCCACUGCAGGUGCAGAUGUGUGCCACCCGCAGAAGAGUCACCAACGACACCAACGCCAAGGAGGUGCCCUGUUUCAUUGCAGGUGAUGUCCGUGUGGACGAGAACAUCGCUCUGACAUCCAUUCACACACUGUUUAUGCGUGAGCACAACCGCCUGGCUCGCGCGCUGAAAAGACUGAACCCACACUGGGACAGUGAGACACUCUACCAAGAGGCCCGCAAGAUCAUGGGCGCUUACACACAGCGGUUUGUGUUCAGGGACUAUCUGCCACACAUUGUGGGUGAUGAUGCGAUGCGCAGACAGCUUGGCCGUUACCCUGGCUACAAUCCCAACGUGGACCCCAGCAUCUCCAACGUCUUCGCAACAGCAGCUUACCGCUUCGCCCACUUGGCCAUCCAGCCAGCCUUGUCCCGUCUGGAUGCAAACUACAGGGAGCAUCCUCGGUUUCCCAGUGUGCCCUUGUUCAAGGCCUUCUUCACCCCCUGGAGAGUCGUCUUUGAGGGUGGUAUUGACCCUCUGCUGCGUGGUUUGAUCGGCCGUCCCGCCAAACUGAACACUCAGGAUCACAUGAUGGUGGAUGCUCUGAGGGAGAGGCUGUUCCAGUUUGUGCAGCAUCUGGCUUUGGACCUUGCAGCUCUCAACAUGCAGAGGGGACGUGACCAUGGCUUGCCUGGCUACAAUGCCUGGCGCAGGUUCUGUGGCCUGUCUCAGCCCAGGACCCAGCAAGAUCUUGGUCGGGUUCUGAACAACACAAAUCUGGCUCGAAGGCUGCUGCAGCUCUACGGUACACCCGACAACAUCGAUGUGUGGCUGGGAGGUGUGGCAGAACCGUUCGUCAGGGGCGGGCGUGUGGGGCCUCUGUUCGCCUGCCUCAUCGCAAACCAGUUCCAGAAGAUCCGCCAGGGUGACAGGUUGUGGUACGAGAAACCAGGUGUCUUCACGCCGAGACAGAGAUCUGCUCUGUCAUCUGUCAGGUUGUCCAAGAUCAUCUGCGACAACACUGGCAUCACGUCUGUCCCCCUUGACGCCUUCAGCGUUAUCUCAAACAGAAACCGUCUGGUCAACUGCAACGCCAUCCGUGGCCUGGACCUGUCGGCCUGGAGGGAGAGACCCUGCUCCGAGAACUCAGAAUGUGAAAUGGCCUGGCACCGAGGCCCGCCAGGACCACCAGGGCCUCCUGGACAACGAGGUCCAGUAGGACCUCCAGGACCUCAAGGACCACCAGAAGUCGAUGUCAAUGCCACACAGUCUGCCUUCUCCGUCAUCCUGGGCAAAUACAGAUCAUCUUCAAAGAAAAUAAUUCGUUUCCGUCAGGUCAUCUACAACAAACAGAACCACUACAGCACGCAGACGGGCUUGUUUACAUGCGUUAUCCCUGGUGUCUAUCAGUUCAGCUUUGUCUGUACGACCGUCAAUGGUGGAGGAAGUGUGGACCUGUGGCAUAACAACAAGCUAGCGAUGUACAGUGUCAAGGUUUAUCAAAGAGGUCAGCGCACAUCUUCAGGGGACACAUUGCUCCGACUGGAGAAAGGAGACCAAGUGUAUUUGAGGGCAAGCAAAGGGACCUAUGGCCUGAGCACCAAAAGCUUCUUCUCUGGACACCUGCUCUUUAGCGUGUGACACAAGCACGUCUGCUUUGAGAUCUGUUUUCAAUACUUUCCAAUAAUCAGGUCAUUCUACUUUAGGACUUAUUAGGACUGUACUGUUUUUUUUCUUCUCUGCCAAUGGACCAGACCUGGACCCACCAUACGACUGUACAUGUUUUACAUUUUACUGAAAAAUGAACAAAUAUUUGAUAGAUUUACAGAAUAGUUUAAUGAAUUUGAAAUGUGAUUGCACCAAAUCUGUUAAAUUCUGUUACAGCACACUCUAUUGUGUAUUACAUCAAAAAAAAAUCAUCAACAGUAAAUUUUUGAGUGGGUUUUACCAGUAUUAUUAUGACUAUUUUAUGCACUGAUGAAAUGUAAGUGUGCCUUCAAAAAGUUGUGUGCUUGUGCUUUGUCUGCACAUUUUACUGUCUUUCUUAUCUGUUGUACUUUGCAUUCAAUAAAGACUAAUGACGCUAAGCUGC